UGGUUGAAGAGAACGAUGAAUGACAGGGAGGCGUGGUCACGCCGCUGCGAGGCGGGAGCGACGGGUGGAGUCAACGACGAAAGCUGCGUGCGCAGCCCUGACCCCUUUCGGCCGCCUAUCGGAGGGAGGGGCGGAGCCGCUCCAGCUUGGUGCGCGCGCAGCUUGGCGCGGGUCAGUCGGUGGUCUCCAUCGUCGUUUUCUGGUUACGUGAGGCGCCGAGGCUGCCGUUUAACCCCAACCCUGGACUCUCCUACGCACCAGACGACCCCGCUCCGGGUACCUCGGAGCUCAGGGUUCAGGAGGACCGACCCAGAACUCUACCCGAGCUGCCAUGGGCCCUUCCGACCACCGCGUCAAUCUCCCAAGCCUGAACAGACUGAUGACAACAGCAGCGUGGAGUCUUUGAACUCUGACAUUCAGAAACUGAAGGAGAGACGGGACAUGCUGGACAAGGAGAUUUCCCAGUUAGUAAAAGAAGGUUACCGUGUGGGUGAACUGGAGAACCAUAUCUCCCUCCUCCACGAGUACAAUGACGUCAAGGAUGUGGCACAGAUGCUGCUGGGAAAGCUGGCUCUGACCCGAGGUGUCACCACCAAGGAGUUAUAUCCAGAUUUUGGUCUAGACCUGAGUGACUGAGCAGAGUCUUGCAGAUUUUUAUCUACAGCCCAUGGGGACAGGUGGAUGAGGACAUGAAAAGCAGAGAGCCCAGACAGUCCAUUCAUAUGAUUUCCAGAUAAAAAAUGCUAGAAGCCCCAAAUUUCCUAAAGAGUCCAAACUAAGUUUAGAGUGGGUCCUAGAGAAGGGUGGUGGUGGGAGGGGUGGGUAUUAUCAGUUCUGAGGUUCCUAAAUGUACUUGUGCAUGGAUGUGUGUGGUGGUCCCUUUUGUUAAAUAAACAUGAGCAGUCUCUA